CUUCGCCUCCCCUUUCUCUCCCUUGAAAACUGAACUCCAUUUCCUUCAGUUACUUGUCAUCAGCCCUUUCAUAAACUCUCAAAUUUAGCUGACCAUGGACAAACAGCACCUCCUCCCACACCAGGUUUUAGCAGCAUCCUCCACUUCGAGUACAUCCUUCACAGAUGUAACAUCACAGUACCAGUACAGCUCGCCUCCGGGGUUUGCACAUUGGGCUUAUGAUUCAUCGCCAUAUUGGAAACUCAUUGAUCCGGCGUCUACUUCAGCAGAGAGCCAGAACCCGCUUCCACCACCUACACCUCAUGUAUUCCCAACGCCACGUCUCAUACAACCCCACAUUGUGCCUUCCUUUGCCCCCUUGAAUCUAAAACACGAACCAGGCCACAAUAUCUGGAACGAAGAAGAGCCUCAAGAGCGCAAGCCAGCGGUUGUUGUCGUCGAAGCGUGGAACAUGAAGGAUUCACCCGCGAGGAUUUCACGUUUGGCAGAUGUAGAAUUAGAUUUCCUGGAAGAUGAUGUGAUUCUCUUUUGCUUUGGUGUUCUCACGACUCAGGCACUGCUCCUUCCGCGUUUCCAGUUCAAUAUUUCGAAAAGUCGUCGCUGGGGUGUCAAGCUCACCAUGUAUGGGUACACUAUCAUCAAGUCAGCCAUCUAUGAUACUCAGAAAGAAGCCAAGUCCGAUAUCUGCCGUGCUGCAUUGAAGAAGCUGCAGCCUGAAUUUUCGGAUUGGAAUUUGCCCGAUGAUUUUGACAACCUUGAAUCGUCGGUCGAUUGGGAUUGGGUUGAUCUCCUCCAAGAGUUUUGUGCUCACAACGGCUUUGAAUCGCCCCGCUACACUAGAGUCAUGCACGAGAACGAGUUUUAUCAUAAGGUUCAGGUCCACCGUACGACCUACACUGGCAGAGCUGGGACCUAUGCUGAAGAUCAACACUCACAAAGAUCAUGCGCCUUGUUGGCUCUGCAGCAUCUAUACAUCGAUGGCUCUGAAGCAAGUAGUAAUCUUGCGGGCACGCUUGCUCUAGAGGGGAUGGAUACUAGGCUGCUCGCCUUGGUUCCGAGGGACCCUCUCCAGACGCGGACCUACAUAUGGGGAAGUUCCCACCAUGCGAAAGCCUCUCGCAAGAAGCCGCGUGGACGCACCGAGCAGUCCCAUCAGAGAAAACGACAAGCUGAACAUGAGCUCUCAGCUGGGUUCCCUAACGAGGUUGAUGGCAACAGCAAGCGCCCAAAAAGCGUCCCUCGAAACUCGAAUAUGUUGCCACUUCAACACUCCAGGUUGGCGUCAAUUGAAGUACCUGUCAAGAAAGACGAAAAGAGGUGGGCAGUAACGCCCCGUCAAGUCCAGUUGCAGAUACGUGGUCUGGGUUCGUCUACUGAAAGAUUGCAAAAGGUCUGCGAUCUCCUCCGUUUGGAAUACCCCGAGAUCCGAGUUGAUAGACAGGACGGGCGCUUGAUCGACACGCUCGGAGAAUAUACUGCAGGCGCUUACUUCAAGAGUGACCCAUUCCUGCGGCGCGCCGGCGCCAUCGGCCCCGUGACCGGUCUGCAGGACAACAGAUCACUGGCCGAACAAGCCUGUGCCGAAGAGGUGGUCAAGUACCUGAUACAGAUGGUCGCAGAGGAUGAAGAGCUUGAGAUCAACGUCGCGAAACAGCGUCAGAGUGUCGAACAGUGGAAAGCCAAGAAUGAAGGGUUUCUGAUGCAUGAUCACCAGUAGUAGUGCGUUUUUGUUGCUGAAACCAGCUGUCGGUUACCCAACCCUGAAUCAAUGCCAGAUGCAAAAAGUGCUCACGGGGAGACAUUGUUUCCUGUGCAUCGUCUGUUUGUUUCCGAGGGAUAUGUCAAUUCCGGUGUCAUCGCGGGUUGUACG